AUGACCUCCCAGCUCCAGUGGGUGACAUGGCUCUCAUCUGCUCUCCUGGGCUACCUGAGCUGCUGCUGCGCUCCGCAGGCUGAGGCGCAGUUCCCCCGCGUCUGCAUGACGGUAGAGGCGCUGCUGGCCAAGCGCUGCUGCCCAACCUUGGGGCAAGAGCCAGGCAAUGCGUGUGGCUCCCAGCAGGGCAGGGGAUCGUGCAGGGAGGUGCAGGUGGACACCAGGCCAUGGCGCGGCCCGUACACCCUCCGCAACGUGGAUGACCGGGAACGAUGGCCCCUGAAGUUCUUCAAUCAGAGCUGCCAGUGCACAGGAAACUUUGCUGGCUAUAACUGUGGUGAGUGCAAGUUUGGCUGGACUGGCCCCAACUGCGAUGAAAGGAAGCCACUUCUUGUCCGGAAAAAUGUCCAUGCCUUGACUGCGGCAGAGAGAGAGCAGUUCUUAGAUGCUUUAGACCGUGCAAAGAAUACCACUCACCCAGACUAUGUAAUUGCUACACAGCACUGGCUGAGUCUCCUUGGGCCCAAUGGAACUGAACCGCAAGUUACAAACUGUAGCAUUUACAACUACUUUGUGUGGCUUCAUUACUACUCAGUCAGGGACACCCUAUUAGGACCUGGCCGCCCAUUCACCACUAUAGAUUUCUCCCACCAAGGACCUGCCUUUGUUACUUGGCAUAGGUACCAUUUGCUGCUGCUGGAAAGAGAUCUCCAGCGACUGAUUGGCAAUGAAUCCUUUGCAUUGCCCUAUUGGAAUUUUGCCACAGGUAGAAAUGAGUGCGAUGUGUGUACAGAUCAGCUUUUUGGAGCAUCAAGACCAGAAGAUCCAAGCCUAAUAAGUCAGAAUUCAAGGUUCUCACACUGGGCAAUAGUGUGCAAUAGCUUGGAUGACUACAACCAUCUGGUUACACUGUGUAAUGGGACUAAUGAAGGGAUUCUACGGAGGAACCCACAAGGGAAGUCUAGCGAGCAGUUGCCAACCAUGGAAGAUAUCCAGAACUGCCUUUCACUUCAAGAGUUUGAUAGUCCUCCUUUUUUCUGGAAUUCUAAUUUCAGCUUCAGGAAUGCCCUGGAAGGGUUUGGUAAACCAGAUGGAUCUUCUGUCUCCCCAGUGGUGAGCCUGCAUAACUUGGUUCACUCUUUCCUGAAUGGAACCAGCGCUUCCCCUCAUGCUGCAGCCAAUGAUCCAAUCUUUGUGGUCCUUCAUUCCUUUACUGAUGCCAUCUUUGAUGAGUGGAUGAAACAAUUUAACCCCUCUGACAAUGCUUGGCCUCUGGAGCUGGCCCCUAUUGGGCACAACAGGAUGUUCAACAUGGUCCCUUUCUUCCCUCCUGUGACCAACGGGCAGCUCUUUCUAGCUGCAGAACAACUUGGCUACAGCUAUGCCAUUGAUCUGCCAGGUUCACCUGAAGAAACACAUGCUUGGGCUAUUAUGGCUGGAUCCACUAUCGGAGGAGCACUGAUAGCUUCAGUUAUACUAAUUAUGCUGCUUGCACUCUUUCAGCACAGAAGAUACAGAAAAGGUUUUGAACCACUGAUAAAUGCAAGAUUCAGCAAAAAAAAUUAUACAGAAGAGGCCUAGUGCUGUAGCAUUGUGUCAUCAGAUUUACCUGUAGGAAACUAACCUGA